AUGGCGGCGGAGUCGGCGCUUCCAGUCGUGGAGAAGCUGCAGGCGCGCCUGGCCGCGAACCAGGACCCCAAGAAAUUAUUGAAAUAUUUGAAGAAACUCUCCACUUUGCCUAUUACAGUUGACAUUCUUGCGGAGACUGGAGUUGGGAAGACGGUAAAUAGAGUCCCAUAUCAUCUUCUCGAGCCUGUCUUAGAGAGGUGUACGCCUAGUCAGCUGUAUCGCAUUGAGGAGUGCAAUCAUGUAUUAAUUGAGGACACAGAUCAGUUAUGGAAAAUUCACUGUCAUCGAGACUUUAAGGAAGAAAGGCCAGAAGAGUAUGAGUCAUGGCGAGAGAUGUACCUGAGGCUUCACGAUGCCCGAGAGCAGCGGUUACGGUUGGUGACGCAGAAAAUCCAGUCUGCACAUGCCAACAAGCCCAAAGGUCGACAAGCAAAGAUGGCCUUUGUCAACUCUGUGGCCAAGCCACCUCGUGAUGUCCGAAGGAGGCAGGAGAAGUUUGGAACAGGAGGAGCAGCUGUCCCUGACAGAAUCAAGAUCAAGCCCGCCCUGGACCUCACAGGAAGCAGCCAUACUUCCUUCAGCAGUGGCAGCAGCAACAGCUCUCAUCCCUCCAACGGCCCAAAAAUCGCUCCAAUGAUGGCCAAGACGAUUAAAGCUUUCAAGAACAGAUUCUCCCGAAGAUAA